CAAGGCUCUAGACUAGUAGUGAUGGGGAGGCAACCUUGCUGUGACAAGCUUGGAGUGAAGAAAGGGCCAUGGACAGUUGAGGAGGAUAAGAAAUUGGUCAAUUUCAUCCUCACCCACGGCCAAUGUUGUUGGCGUGCCAUCCCCAAGCUCGCGGGACUCUGCCGCUGCGGCAAGAGUUGUCGUCUCCGCUGGACUAAUUACCUCCGGCCGGACUUGAAGCGAGGCCUUCUCAAUGAAGACGAGGAACAACUUGUUAUUGAUCUUCAUGCCCGUCUUGGCAAUAGGUGGUCCAAAAUUGCUGCAAGAUUACCCGGAAGAACCGAUAAUGAGAUCAAGAAUCAUUGGAACACCCACAUCAAGAAAAAGCUUAUCAAAAUGGGUAUUGAUCCAAUUACGCAUGAGCCUCUUCAUAAAGAAGCCAGCACCCCACAAGACUUAUGUCACGCUAAUGAUCAAAGAGAUCAUCAUGUCGAAGUCACUCGUCAGAAUUCACCAAAAGUAGAUGAUCACCAUGUCUCCUCCAGUGAUAAUUCUAAUGCCCCAACUGGAAAUCCCUCCACCGCUGAUCAGUCUCUUCGAUGGUCGAACCCCGGAGACGACGACCUCUUGAUGAGUUACAUCUGGUCCGAGACAUUUGUAGAUGAUUCAUUCUGGAACCUCUCAGGCACUAGAUCAGAGAGCUGCAGUAACUUUGGAUUGCCAUCAUCAGAGGAUAACUCCGAAUGGUUAUUGAACUCAUGCAAGGAUUUUGGAGAAGAAUUUGGGCUUGGUCUGUUCAGUGAAAUGGACAUGAACUCUCUAGACAUGGGUGGCAAACACUGACUGAAAAGGUUCAAAAGGCACCAAGGGGUUCAAAAGUGGGGCACUUUUUGGUUCUGCUUCCACUUUCCAAUUUCGUUUUCAUUUAUUUGAGAAAGUCUUAGAGAUCACAGAAACUUAUGCAAUUAGAAAGUCUACAAGAAUUCUGGUUGGUUAGUCACUUCAAGGAUAUGGGUAUGCCUAUAUAUUAUGGAUAUGGAUACGCAAGGAUAUUGCCUAUCUUUCAAACUAAAUGUAGCUAAUAAUGCGGUGGUACUGGACUGAUCGGAGGCAAUCUAGGGUUUCUAAUUGCAUAGGAUAUUGAUGCAGAUAUGCUACCUAUAUAUAUAGCAUGUUUUUCUUUUCAGAUUUUAGAAGAUGUAAUGCAACGUACCAAAAGCUCCCCCACUCAAAAGAGUUGUGUGGUUGAAGCACAGGAGCCCAAUAUAUGUAAAUGAUAUUGCUCUCA